CUACCCGGCAUCCACUGGAACGAGAAUGAGCACUUGCGUGUGUGGAAACUCAUCGCGGAAAUCAGCACAAAGGCAAAUUACAAGGUCUUGUUUGGUAAAAAAGAUCAACAUGAGAACACAUCUGGCGAGACAAAGGCCAGCAUUUAUAAACAGAUUGGUGCUAUUGUGCUACCAGAGUGCUACGAGAUUGAUCUGAUGGCAGCCGGUGACUGUGUCAAGAGCAAACUUGAAUUGUUG